CUCCUUCUUAACGUAUCAAUCAACAAAGAUUUCCAUUAAUAAUAAUGUCUACCUCGCGAGCAAACAUCGUCUUCGGCGCCGGCCUCGUCAACGACAGCAGCAAACUCAACACGGCAGAGAAGACCAUCGAGGUCCUCCAGGUUCUGAAGCGCCACAACAUCACACAAAUCGACACGGCGCAGAUCUACGGCCGCAGCGAAGAACUCAUCGGCCAGGCCAGCGCCGCAGCCCAGGCCUUCGACAUCGACACCAAGCACGGCGGGGGGUUCCGGCCGGGACGCUCAUCGCGUGAGGCAGUCAUUGCAGAUGCAGAGGAGAGCUUAAGGAAGUUGAAGACCGAUUCGAUCAACAUCUUCUACAUCCACGCACCGGACCGCAGCGCCCCGAUCGAGCCCACUCUCGCCGGCAUCAACGACCUCUACCGCGCCGGCAAGAUAAAGCACUUCGGCCUGUCGAACUUCACCGCGGCGGAGACCAAAGAGGUCCUUCGCCUCUGUCAGGAACACGAUUACGUGCGCCCGACCGUGUACCAGGGGAACUAUAACGCCAUCUCACGCCUCAUCGAGACGGACCUCUUCCCCUUGCUGCGGGAGCACGGCAUCCGGUUUUACGCGUACAGCCCCAUCGCCGGCGGGUUCCUGACCAAGACGAGCGAGCAGCUCCGGAAUGCGAGCGGGUCCAACGGCCGGUGGGACCCGGACUCGGGGUUCGGAAAGGUGUAUCGUGGUCUGUAUAUGAAGCCGGAGAUGUUGAAGGUUCUUGACGCUUGGAACGAGGUCGCGGAGAAGGCGGGAAUCCCCAAGGCAGAGUUGGCGUACCGGUGGGUGGCGUAUCAUUCAGGGUUGAACGGAGAUCUUGGUGAUGCGAUCAUUGCGGGAGCGAGUGGUGUCGAGCAAUUGGAUCAGACUCUGACGGUGUUGGAAAAGGGACCCCUCGAGAAUGAGGUCGUGAAGCAAAUUGAAGCGAUAUGGGAGGUUGCGAAGGAGUUUGCGGUCUUGGAUAAUUUCAACUCGCGCUAGG